CUCCAGGUAUUGGGGGGUCCCCAAAAAUUGGGGGUCCCCAGGAAUCAAGGGGAUUCUUCAGGGAUCCAGGGGGUUCCCCAAGGAUCGAGGGGGUCCCCAAAACUGGGGGGUCCCCAGGCUUUAACCUGCCGUCCCCCCCCCUCCAGCCCCGCUGUUCCUGUCCCCUGGCACAGGGAAUCGCUCGGGAAUCCGGGAUGUCGGACAGAGGGAGCAGCAUGGACGGCAGGACGGACAUCGCCAACGGCAGCCUGUCAAGCAGCCCCGAGGACAUGUCGGCCGAGGACGGGCGCGAGACGUCGUCGGGGAUCGAGGUGGAGGCGUCGGACGUGAGCCUGAGCCUGACGGGGGACGAGCCGGCGGCGCCCGCGCGCGGCCCCCGCGGGGACACGGACAGCGACAGCUCCGGGGAGCGCGACUCGGACAGCAUGGACGACACCGGCCACUACUCCAUCCCCGAGGAGCCGCGCGGCGACGGCGACGAGGAGGAGGACGAGGAGGAGGAGGAGGACGAGGAGGAGCAGCGGCGCUCCCGCCGCCGCUCCCUGCGCAAGCGGCCGCCCCACGAGCGCGACUCGUCGGACGAGGAGCAGGCGCUGGAGGACUGGGUGGCCUCGGAGACGUGGGCGCUGCCGCGGCCGCGCUGGAGGGCGAUCCCUGCGCUGCGGCAGCGCCAGCUCGGCUACUGCGCCCGCUUCGUGCCCGAGGCCUGCGGGGCGCGGCUCUUCGUGCAGCGCUUCCGCCUGCAGCACGGCCUGGAGGGCCACACGGGCUGCGUCAACACCCUGCACUUCAACCAGCGCGGCACCCGCCUGGCCAGCGGCAGCGACGACCUCAAGGUGCUCGUGUGGGACUGGCUGAGGCGCCGCCCCGUCCUGCAGUUCGACAGUGGCCACAAGAGCAACGUCUUCCAGGCGAAAUUCCUGCCCAACAGCGGGGACUCCACGCUGGCCAUGUGUGCGCGGGACGGGCAGGUCCGCGUGGCCGAGCUCUCGGCCACCCAGUGCUGCCGCAGCACCAAGCGCGUGGCCCAGCACAAGGGGGCCUCCCACAAGCUGGCGCUGGAGCCGGACUCUCCGUGCACGUUCUUGUCGGCGGGCGAGGACGCCGUCGUGUUCACCAUCGACCUGCGGCAGGACCGACCCGCCUCGAAGCUGGUGGUGACGAAGGAGAAGGAGAAGAAGGUGGGGCUUUACACCAUCUACGUCAACCCGGCCAACACCUUCCACUUCGCCGUGGGCGGCAGAGACCAGUUCGUGCGGAUUUAUGACCAGAGGAAGAUCAAUGAGAACGAGAACAACGGGGUCCUCAAGAAGUUCUGCCCCCACCACCUGGUGAACAGUGAGUCCAAAGCCAACAUCACCUGCCUCGUCUACAGCCAUGACGGCUCAGAGCUCCUGGCGAGCUACAACGAUGAGGACAUUUACCUGUUCGACUCCUGCCACAGCGACGGCGCCCAGUACAUCAAGCGUUACAAGGGGCACCGCAACAACGCCACGGUGAAAGGGGUGAAUUUCUACGGCCCCAAGAGCGAGUUCGUGGUGAGCGGCAGCGACUGCGGCCACAUCUUCCUGUGGGAAAAAUCCUCGUGCCAGAUCGUGCAGUUCAUGGAGGGGGACAAGGGGGGAGUGGUGAACUGCCUGGAGCCCCACCCCCACCUGCCCGUCCUGGCCACGAGCGGCCUCGACCACGACGUCAAAAUUUGGGCCCCCACAGCCGAGGCCCCCACGGAGCUCACGGGGCUCAAGGAGGUGAUCAAGAAGAACAAGGUGGAGCGGGACGAGGACAGCCUACACCACACGGACAUGUUCGACAGCCACAUGCUCUGGUUCCUCAUGCACCACCUGCGCCAGCGCCGCCACCACCGGCGCCGUCGGGAUCCCGGGACCGAUACCCCGUCGGAGGAUUCCGGGACUUCUUCGGACACGUCGGACGAGGAGGAGGAGGGGCCGGACCGGGUGCAGUGCAUGCCCUCCUGAGGCCCCCAAAACCCCCCAGACCCCCCCAGAGCCCCCACCCGCGAGGGGAGGGGCUCCCACCCCACUAACAACACUUUGAGCUUUGUAUUGUAACCCCUCCCCCAAACCCCUCCCCACCCAACCCCCUUAUUUGGGGUCCCUCCCCCCUUAUUUGGGGGUAUGCCCUGUCUGGGAGACCCCCAGUGUGGGGACCCCUGAUUUGAGGGGCCCCUCCCACUUUUUUGGGGUCCCCUCCCACGUGGCGGUCCCCCCUGUGACUCCCCCUUAUUUGGGGGUCCCCUCCCAAUUUGGGGGUCCCUCCCCUUAUUUGGG